CUGUGGCCUUGGCUAGUGAUAGCAAUGAUUCUCUGUGUGCUGUUCCUGGUGGUGCUAAUUUCCCUGAGUAUCCUGUAUUCCCGGCUCCUGGCUGGCAACACGCGGCUUCUAGAGGAAUCCAAGAGCAAAAUGGAGCAAGUGGAAGGGAGAUACUCCCAGUUACUGCAGUGGACAUUGCACACAAAUAUUUGCACCCUGGAGUCCCCGUCCUCCAACACCUCAGAGCCCCGCAACAUCAGCUGUCCCUUGUGCCCCUGCCAAUGGAUUUCAAACAAAGGAAGAUGCUACAACUUUUCUCUAAAUGAAUUAUCGUGGGAUGCCAGCAGGAGCAGCUGCCAGAGGGAACAGGCCGAUCUAGUGGUCAUUAAUGAUCUGGAGGAGCAGGUCUUCCUCAGCAAGCGGCAAGGGCAGUUGAAUUAUUGGAUUGGUCUGACGGAUGUGGCCAAAGAAGGCUCCUGGAAGUGGGUGGAUGGCACUGACUUAAACCAAAUGGAGAAAUUUUGGUACCCUUCCCAGCCAGAUAAUCAUCAGGACAAGGAGGACUGUGUGUCUCUGACAGCCAAACAAACCCCGCCGCAUAACUGGAAUGAUGCCUCGUGUGACGCACCUUUCCACUACAUCUGUGAAAAGGCAGCAGACACUCUCACCAUCUCCGCUUCCUCUGACUUGAAAAAUCUUGUUCACUGUGGCCAAUGA